AUGCCUCUGAACUCGCUCACUCGCCAGGCAGGCAUCAGAAUCGGGCCAUUGCUCCUCGAAACCCUCGUCAAGCACUACCUCGAGCGGAUCGUGAAGGAACACGGAGACCAUAUCACCCAGUUGCGGCAGGACGAGCUACUGUAUGAUGAGGCGUUCAAUAUCAUCAAGACGUUCAUGGAAGCUGCUACCAAGCAUACGAUAGAAGAACUGCAAGAGUUCUCAAACACCUACGUCCCCUCUUCACCAUGGUCACACGUCGUCCGACUGCGAGUGCCCAUGUCCUGCUGCGACGACGCGGCUACAUUCCUGAUCCAGGCGCUGGGCGGGGAAGAGGCAACGAAGCGCAUCGUCGGCGGCACCAAGUGGUGGCAGGUCCGCGGUAUCAAGGGUAUCGACGCCGAAUGGAUCACCGCGAAGAAGGACUACCAGGAGGCAAAGCGGCGGGACGAGGCGCACCGGAAGGGAAAUUCCGAGCACGCACGCGGCGAAGACUCUGUGGACGGCCAAGAUGGACCGGCAGUGUAUGGGCCGGAGAUGGACGCGAUGCGAUGUAUCCUGUUUGCGCACGGAGGUGGGUACUACUUUGGCAGCAUCGCCCAAGAGAGAUAUGGCAUCCAGCGGUACGCGCGUAAGAUCAAUGGACGCGUUUUCACGAUUAAUUAUCGGCUGUCGCCACAGUACCCGUUUCCCUGCGCGAUCCAUGACCUCCUCGCGGCAUAUCUCUUCCUAAUUCGACCGCCUGAGGGCGCAUCGCACCGUCCGGUGGACCCAGCGCACAUCGUGGUCGCGGGAGAUUCAGCCGGCGGGGGCCUGUGCAUUGCGCUGCUGCAAAUACUGCGCGACACGGGGCUUCCCAUGCCCGCCGGUGGCGUGCUGAUCUCGCCCUGGUGCGACCUGACGCACUCGUUCCCUAGCAUCCACAUCAACACGGCGACGGACGUGAUCCCGCAAUAUGGCCUGUCGUUCCACAAGCCGAGCACACUCUGGCCGUCGCCCCCGGAGGAAUACUCCGCCGAGAUGGAGUCCAUGCGCAGUCGCAUACUACAUGCGCUCCGUAGGGGCUACAGCCGCGAUGCCGCGCCACCUGCAGUAGAUGAGGGCGGGCACACGCCCUGCCGGAACCACGAGUUCGCCGUGGGACAAACGGGCCAGACGUUGCACCUCGGGUCGACGGCGUCGCUCCCGACACCCGGCGCGGCGCAGCGGGGCCAGACGAUCUCGUUGCGCACUACAGACGGGCAGGUUCUCACUGUCCAUGACCAGGUGCACAUGUACACCACCAACGAUCUACUGGUUCACCCACUGGUCAGCCCGGCGCUGUCGUAUCUGGGCGGGCUGCCGCCGCUACUUGUGAUUGCGAGCGAGAAGGAGGUUUUGAGAGAUGAGAUUAUUUAUUCCGCCCACAAGGCCGCUUACCCGAGUAGAUAUCAUGUCAACGAGGAAGCUCGAAAGCUAUAUCCUCCAUUAAAGAACAUAGAGCAACGGUUCGGUCCCACGAAGGUUCAUUUGCAAGUAUAUGAUGAUGCUGCACACACACUCCCUGUCCUCUUUUCAUUCACAACCCCCGCGAAGUACUGCUUCCGCGCAAUCGCAACGUUCUGCAAAUUCGUCACCGGAUUGCCCCUUGUGCAGCCAUUCGCGAUGGACCUCCCCUCUCCCAUUGCCAUCCCAAGCUCACCUGACAGCGUGUCAGAAGCAACACAUUCCGGCGAGGACUUGCGCCGUCCGUCACCGCAGGUAUUCCGCAGCAACUCGUCGCCGACCAUGCGCUCACACAAGUUGCACGAACCACAUUCACCGCAGGGGACGGAGGGUCAAGAUACUAAUCCGCCUUCGAGGGGAUCAUUGCAUACAUUUCGCAGAAGAAUGAAGCAUCCGAGCUUGUUCUUCCGCUCUCACGACGCACAUGACAGUCGUAGCUCGCGCUCAGACUCAAUGGAACCGACCGAUACGGGCGACGUCGCUGGGCCAAGGUUCGGCGUACGAUCGCCUUCGCACGAAGAUGAUGGUCUGCGCAGGGCGGGUGAACCCUCGGUGUAUAGUAAUGGAUUGGAUACAAUGAUACGCGAGCGCGUCUCGACAUUGGGGGUCAUUCGGCCACUAGAACCGGAGGACGCGCUGACCGCGCUGCAGUACCCCGAAGAGCUUGUAGGCGUGAUCUCUGAGCUGACGAUGCGGCGGUACUUCGACGCUCGGGCCAAGUUCGACAAGAAGUUCGCGAAGACGACUAGGUCGAUCGAUAAGAAGCGGCGGCGGAAUUUCAACCGGGCGAAGAACGACACGCUGAAGAACAUGACGCAGCUGCAGAACUUCUUCGCGCAGGAGGAGCACCGCGCGGCGGAUGCGACGGCCAAGGGCGUCGGGGAGGGCCUGGUGUUGACGGGGAGCUUGCCGUGGGCGUGGGCGCUGGACCUGGACGAGAAGCCACCGCCAAGCAGCAUCGUUUCGCGACGGGACACCGAGGAGGCACGGAGACUUGCCAAGAUCGCGGACCAGGCAGUUCUGUCGGAGAGCUCAAUCAGUGGGAACAAUCUAUGGUCGCUGAUCGUGGACUUCCUGACAGUCGUGCCUGACGAAGACGCGCACAAGCACAAGCACAAGGAUAAACGCCACGAGGGUCAGGAGGCCGCGACGAUGCAGGAGAAGCAUCGGUCUAAAUUUGCGUGGUUUGACUCGAAGCAUAGGAAGGCUGAGGGUGCGCUGAAGGCGACGAGUUCGCGAGAGGGCGGAUAG